CAGAGCAGCAACUCGUGCGCGCGUGAACGUCGUCAGUACCUACUAGGCUACUCCUCCUUUAAUUUGCAGCUAGCCUAUACAAUCAGUACUACUAUCAUCCUCCUCCAGGAUUGGUGACGGCAAACUAAUGCAUGCAUAUAUCCACGGUUGAUGGAUCCCCUUUUGUUCCUGGAUCGAUGUAGGUUGUCCAUCCCCUGCAUCUGAGGGAGGAUGUACGCGGCCCUCAGUGCGGCGCAAUGGGUAGUCGGCAAGGCGCUAGCCCCCGUUGCGGACGGGGUGCUGGAGGCAUGGGCGGCCACCAGGAACUUUGGUUUCAACAUCGAGGCCCUCAGCAUGGAACUGAUGCUGGUGAAGGCCACGCUCGAACAAGCUGGACGCAAGGAGCUCGGCGGGCCGGCCAUGGAGAUGUUGCUGCAGAAGCUGCGUGACUCGGCGCAAAAUGCUGAAGACUUGCUAGAUGAGCUCGACUACUUCCGCAUCCACGAUGAGCUCCAUGGCACCGAUGAUGCUGCCGGCGAGCACAACAAGGGUUGCUUCCACAACCUUGCCUUUAAUGCUUGCCACACCGCCAAAGCUUUUGGCAAACUGGUCAACUGUGCUAAGCAUCGGCAGAGGUCACACAGCGACUCCUCGGCCCCAGACGCCAACCAGGAGCUUAGCGGAUGCAUGCCCAAGCUUGGUAAACUCCUCCCUUGCUCAUCUUCCCUGCAUCCACAUGUUCGUGAUGGUGAUCGUGGCAGUGAUGACGACUGUGAUAGUGAUGAUGAUUGUGGCAAUUUGCAAGAAACACCAAAGCUUGAGUUUAAUAGGGUUUAUUUCUCUCAAAGGAUGAAGGACAUUGUAGAGAAAUUGCAACUUAUGCGCAAUGAGGUUAGCAAGAUUCUGAUACAUUGUGGCCCUAGAACUGUCCCAGACAUUGCCCUGAGUCGUCCUAUCACCAAAAGUCGAAUUGAUGAGCCAAAACUGUAUGGGAGGGACCAUGUCAUGAAUAGCAUCAUACAUGAUAUCACCAAGGGUCAAUACUAUGACAAGGGUCUAACUGUGUUGCCGGUAGUGGGUACAGGGGGAAUGGGGAAGACAACUCUUAUACAACACAUAUAUCGCAGCCAGCAAGUGCAGAAUCAUUUUCCAGUCAUGAUUUGGAUAUGUGUAUCGCUCAAUUUCAAUCUAGAUAAGGUGCUAGAACAAAUUAAAACAUGUACACCUCGAGUUGAAAUGGAAAAAGAGGCUAUUACAACAGAAGAUGUGAUCGAACAAAGAUUAAAAUAUAAAAGGUUCUUGCUUGUAUUGGAUGAUAUAUGGCGGAUUAGUAAUGGUGAUGAUUGGAAAAAAUUAUUGUCGACGCUCAAUCAAUCAGAAGAAAGGGGGUGCAUGAUUCUAGUCACAACUCAGUUCCAGGCAAUAGCACAAAAGGUUAAAACAACUGGCCAAUCAAUAGAACUGAAUGGUUUAGAAUCUGAAGAGUUUAGGAAGUUAUUUCUUGCAUUUGUCUUUGGUGAUGAACAAUGUGCAAGGGAUAAACAUUUCUUACUUGAGACAGGAGAUAAGAUAAUGGAAAAGCUGAAGGGCUCCCCUCUUGCAGCAAAAACUGUUGGUAGAUUACUGAGUAAAGAACUUAGCUUGCGGCAUUGGAAAAGGGUCCUAAAAAGUAAGGAAUGGGAGAAGCAAACCGAUGACAAUGAAAUUAUGCCUGCCUUGAAGAUUAGCUUUGACUUUCUCCCUUUUUAUUUGAAACAAUGUUUCUCCUAUUCUGCAUUGUUUCCUGAAGAUUAUCAUUUCAGAAGCCACGAGCUCAUCAACCUGUGGACCGGACUAGACAUUUUGGUACCUGGUGGCCAAAACCAAGUUGUUCAAGAUAUAGGUUUGAGUAAUUUAAAUGAGCUAGUUAUCCAUGGAUUUUUCAGAGAAGAGGAAACUAAUGAUGGUCUGCAUUAUGUUAUGCAUGACCUAUUGCAUGAUUUGGCAUUGAAGGUUGCAUCACAUGAUUGUCUUAGUUUACAUCUCUCUGAUGUUGGGUCAGUAGAUAUUCAGCCAUCCACCCAUCACUUGUAUGUACGCACAGAGAACUUGGGUGAAUAUAAUGCAGUGUCUUCUCAAAACAUUAAGAGUGAAUUGGAAAAGUUGAAGACAUCAUUGAAGGUUGAACAUUUGCAAACAUUGAUGUUAUUUGGAAAAAUGGAUAAAGGUUUUGCCAAGAUAUUUGGUGAUUUUUUUGGGGAAGCAAAUGCUCUUCGUGUUCUUUAUUUUCCUGACAUGACGUAUCCCGUGGAAUCCAUGUUACAUAACUUUUCAGGACUUGUCCACCUACGAUUCCUAUGUCUAGGGACAAAGGAGUGGCAGAUGCAUUUACCACUUAGCAUCCUUAAAUUUUAUCACUUAAGGGUUCUAGAUCUUAAGUCGUGGCAUGGCAGUUGUGAUUUUCCUGAAGACAUGAGCAACCUUGCAAAAUUGUGCCAUUAUUAUACCCCAAGAGAUGAGGAGCUUCAUUCUCAUAUUUAUAAUGUGGGAAAACUUAAACUCUUGGAAGAGUUAAAGGUAUUUCAGGUCAAUAAAAAGAGUGAAGGAUUUGAACUAAAGCAACUAGAGCAUUUGACCAAGCUAAGGGAACUUGGCAUCUACAACCUCGAGAAAGUGCAUACAAAAGACGAAGCAGCUCAAGCAAAACUGAUAGAGAAAAACUACUUGAGGAGGUUAACAAUGGAUUGGGAUAGUGAUCGAUCUACUGUUGAGCCUGGUGUGGAAGCAAUGGUUCUUGAGAACCUUCGACCGCAUGGAGAUCUUCAAAUGUUGUGCAUUAGAGGGAACAGAGGCCCUUCUUGCCCAGCAUGGCUAGGUGAUGAGCUCGCUGUUGAUGCUCUACAAUCUCUUAGUCUUUAUUGUGUUUCUUGGGGAGUUUUCCCUUCUUUAGGGAAGGCAUGGGAUCUUCGUGAACUAAGAUUGGAGCAUGUUGACAAGCCGAAGGAGUUUACUAUAGAGAAAAGCUUUUGCAUGCUAAUAAAGCUUGAACUAAUUGGCCUAGGAAGUUUUGAAAAUUGGGUUUACCCAGCUGAACAAGAGUCUUCCGUUAGUGGAGACUUGUUGCCACCGGAUGCUCAUAUGUUCCCUCUUUUGCAAGUUCUGAUUAUUAGGGAGUGCCCGAAACUAUUGGGGUUGCCUUUCUUGGACCACAUUGUUUCCCCAGAUUGGUUCCCCAAGCUACAAGAGCUUGAGGUAUGCGACUGUCCCGAAUUCUUGCCAGUGAUUCCCAUCUCCUGGAUGGAAAGUCUUUGUUUUGUCAAGAUGAAAUGUAUAAAGAUGCUAAAGGAGUUUGCGUACUCAAAAUCAUCCAAUGGAGCAGAAUUGGAGAUUAUCGGAGAGGGUGAUCUACAUAGCAUCGACCAAGUGUUAGUUUUUGAUAAAGAAACUAGUCUUGGGAAGCUGACACUCGAGAGGUGCCCACCUCUGGAGUUGAAGCACCUCUUAAUGCUAACCUCGGUGAAGACAUUGAUUGUAAGAAAAUCAGAUGGUCUAGUUGGACCACUAGGAGGUCAGGGUGAUGUGGAAUGGCAGCUCCCUGUUGAGUUUAUCACGAUCUGGGACUUAAAUGGUAAUAGUGGGAAGGAAUUGACAGAUCUCAUCCCUCACCUCCCAAAUCUCUCUAAAUUGGACAUAAGGUUUUGUAAAAACAUAAAACGUUUGGUAGUAGGGGUGGAUUUGCGACAUACAACAUCGGCAGCACCAGAGAUGGAUGAAGAUGAAAUAAGAGCAGCAGAAGAGGAAGAGGAUGAAGGGGUGCUGCUCUUCCCAGCUCAUCUCUUUGACUCACUUCAGGAGUUGGUCAUCUGCGAGUCCCAAGAGCUGGUACUGGUGGACCCACCAACUCUUGUUCCAGGAGGAGGAUGGCUUGAAACCUUCCGAUCCCUCCAGAGACUAAGAAUAGAGGGCACCCCAAGAUUUCUAUCCGCCUUCUCAUUUUCCCAUCACAUUUUUCCUUCCUCCCUGAGGUUCCUGAAGCUUUCAGCUGUGAAAGGCAUGGAGACACUGGAGCCCCUCUCAAAUCUCUUCUCUCUUACCAGAUUACAAUUGUGGUAUUGCGGAGAGGAUCUGAAAUGUCACGGCUUGGAGUUUCUCCUUGCCUGUGGCCAACUCAAGGAAUUACAAGUCAUUGGAAGCCAUAGGUUCUUUGCUGGUUGGGUUCCCAAUCCCUGGCGGGAGCCUGUUUCAUCCACACUGCGGGAGCUCUGCACGGAUGAUGCCAGGGGACUUCUUAGUGCACCUAUCUGCAGCUUCCUCUCUUCCUCCCUCACCAAGCUUGAACUUGGUGGGAUAGGGUCUGAAGGGAUGAAGCGCUUCAGCAAGAAGCAAGAGGCCGCCCUUCAGCUCCUCUCCUCCCUCCAGCAACUUAAGUUUUUGUGUUUCCACAGUCUUCAGCAACUCCCUGCAGGGCUGCACAAGCUUAACAGUCUCAACACAUUAUUGCUCCGCUUCUGCCCAGCUGUCUCGUCGUUGCCCAACGAUGGCCUCCUGGAUUACCUGCUAGAGCUGGAUGUCUCUAAGUGCUGUAACGCGGAGCUGAAAGAGCAGUGCAGGGGGUUACUGGGAACCAUACUUUCCGUCAAAAUAGACUGA